AUGGCAUUGUGUUUCCGAUGCACCAUAAUCAUCUUCUUAGUUUCUCGCUUUCUUACGCUCCACGUCGCCGGAGUUCAAAUUAUCUCUAAAUCGAAGCUCGAGAAGUGCGAGAAGAACUCCAACUCCGACGACAAUCUCAAUUGCACUACCAAAAUCGUAGUGAACAUGGCUGUUCCCAGUGGCUCGAGUGGAGGAGAGGCCUCGAUUAUUGCAGAAUUGGUGGAGGUGGAGGAAAAUUCAACCACCAAAAUGCAGACAUUGCGGAUUCCGCCUGUGAUAACGGUCAACAAAACUGCUGCUUAUGCAUUGUAUGAGUUAACGUACAUACGGGAUGUUCCUUAUAAACCUGAAGAGUAUUAUGUUCAGACACGCAAAUGUGAGCCAGAUGCUGGUGCAAAUGUUGUGAAGAUUUGCGAGAGAUUGCGAGAUGAAGAUGGUCAUAUCAUUGAGAAUACUCAGCCAAUAUGUUGUCCAUGUGGACCCCAGCGGCGGAUGCCUUCAUCAUGUGGAAACUUUUUUGACAAAUUGACAAAAGGAAAGGCCAACACUGCACACUGUGUGCGCUUUCCAGGUGAUUGGUUUCAUGUCUUUGGUGUUGGGCAGCGAACAUUGGGAUUUAGUGUUCGAAUAGAGGUGAAAAGUGGAACUAAAGUUUCGGAAGUGGUUGUGGGUCCUGAAAACAGAACAGUGACAUCUGAUGAUAAAUUUUUGAGGGUUAAUCUUAUUGGAGAUUUUGCUGGGUAUACAAAUAUACCAUCUUUUGAGGAUUUCUAUCUUGUUGUACCAAGGCAGGGUGGCCCUGAUCAACCACAGGAUUUGGGGAGAAACAUUUCUAUGUGGAUGCUGCUUGAGAGAGUGAGAUUUACCUUAGAUGGUGUUGAAUGUAACAAAAUUGGUGUUAGUUAUGAAGCUUUCAAUCAACAACCGAGCUUUUGUUCUUCACCCUUUUGGACUUGCUUGCAUAAUCAAUUGUGGAAUUUUCGGGAGGCUGACUUGAAUCGAAUAAGUAGGAAUCAGGUGCCACUCUUUGGAUUGGAAGGAAAGUUUGAAAGGAUAAACCAGCAUCCAGGUGCUGGGAGUUAUUCUUUCUCAAUAGGAAUUACAGAGGUUCUUAAUACAAACCUUGUGCUAGAAUUAAGUGCCAACGAUGUAGAGUAUGUUUACCAAAGGAGCCCAGGAAAAAUUGUAAGUGUUAGUGUCCCUACAUUUGAAGCCCUAACUCAAUUUGGAGUUGCUACAAUCACAACUAAGAAUACUGGUGAGGUGGAAGCAUCAUAUAGUUUGACGUUUAAUUGCUCCAAGGAUAUCACGCUGAUGGAGGAGCAAUUUUUAAUAAUGAAGCCAAAUGAGAUUACAUCCCGAUCAUUCAAAAUCUACCCAAACACAGAUCAAGCCUCGAAAUAUUUUUGUGCAGCCAUAUUAAAGGACUCUGAUUAUAGUGAAGUUGAUAGAGCUGAGUGUCAAUUUACUACUACGACAACUGUUCUUGACAAUGGAACACAGGGUAUGCCUUUUCAACCGCCAGAGACCAGUAUAAAUGGUUUCUUUGAUUCCAUCGAAAGCAUAUGGAAUAAAUUAUGGACAAGCCUUAUAGAAUUUGUCACUGGAAAGACCUGCAGACAAAAAUGCUCUGGAUUUUUUGACUUCAAGUGCCACAUACAAUAUAUAUGCUUGAGUUGGGUAAUGAUGUUUGGUUUGUUUUUGGCAAUUUUUCCCACAGUGCUUGUGCUAUUAUGGCUUUUGCAUGAGAAGGGUGUAUUUGAUCCUUUGUAUGACUGGUGGGAGGAUAUUUUUGGUGCUAAUGAACAGAUCAACAUGGAAAGACGUAAGUUCAAAAUUGACAAUGUACACCACCAUAUUCGUGAUAACAAACAUCAUAAGCAAGAAUUUAGGCACUCCAAACGUGGUGCUCAAUAUAGGCGAAGGACCAGUUAUGAGCACAAGCACAGGCAUUCUGAAAGGAACUCUGAUUAUUUACAUAAUGUUCGGAAAGAAAAGCACAAGCAUGGACAUAAAAAGAAUAUGGAUAUUGUGCAGCAUAUGGAUGACAAUCCUGCACAUCACAAACGCAGAAAGGAGCGGGACACUUCAAAGGGACUAGUUAAAGUGAUGAAGCUGAAGCAUGAUAAUGAGAGGCAAGAAAAUUAUGACAAAUACAAACAAGUUCUGCUAGAUGAGCAAGGGGCUGAGUAGAGAAAGUUGUGGCCCGAAUUUUAUAAUUUAAUGUAGUUAUCUUUUAGUUUUAGGCAUUACAAUGUUUUAGAGCAACUUUUUACCUACUUCAUAGAAUCACAGUUAGGUUUAUCCUUUUCUUUUAUUUUUUUGUUUUCUACUAGUCUUCCUUCUCCUUUCCUUUACUUUCUAACGGGACG